AUUCACGCCUUCCCUCUCCCCUCCCCUCCAGAAUCGACACGACGGCCCGUGUUGCCAUCAGCAGCAUACAUCCCAUCAUCACCAGCAACAAAGAGACACCUUCUCUACCCGCGACGCUCUGACGACCAGCCACGCGAUACCCCCUCUCUUCCUGCCCCUCAGUAGCUGCUGCCAUCUCGCUCAGCCUCGUGCCCCGCUGCCUCCCGUCCCACCUUCCAGCAAGUCACGAAUCUCAUCAAUCGACCGCAUACACCCACCAAUACCCAACCCAGCUCAACAUCAAUAUGUCCAACCAGUCGCAGCGUCAACCCCCCAAGAUGCCCGCGGGCACCUCCUCCCUCUCAGACAGAAUAGCCGCCCUGCAACGCAAGGCGUCGGAUUCCACGCCCUCACCCUCGUCCUCCUCCUCAUCAUCAUACGGCCCGGGCGCGGGGGCGAGCUCGAUGCGUCGCACUCCAUCUGCUAGCACCUCUCCGCCCAACGCGGCGGAUACUUCGAGUAGCUCAGUGCUGAGCAAUGGCUCGUCCUACUCGUCCCGCUCUGGCACCCCGCAGGCAGUCAGGGAUCGAAUCGCCCGAUUUCAACUCUCCCCCUCUUCCGCCAACGGUGAAGCCGAACGACCCCUCCUUCCCCGCUCCUCGUUCGGGUUCGGAGCUCCAGCUCCUAAUCCGGAUAAUGUAGGAGGGAGGGUAUUGCGACCCUACCCUGUGGGAGCGGGUGGGAGCGGGAAUUGGGGUGAGGGAGUGCUACGCCCGCAGAUGACUGGUGGGGCUUGGGUGGGGACGGGACAGAGUGGCAGUAGUGCGAGGGGGAGCACACCGGGGCUGAUGCCGCAGUUGACCGGGCCUACAUGGAACAGGAGGCAGGCCUCGACACCCGAAAGCACCCUGGCCCCGCGCCAGACAAUCGGAGGUAGAGACGCAUUCGCUGACCUCGACGCCAACUCUGAUGGCCCCUCGUCACCCACCGAGUCGCGUGCACUGGGAUCUCACGGCUUCGACGUUGCAUCGCAGGCGGCAGCCAUGAAGGGUUUGACACUGCAGCGGACUGGAAGCUCAACGGGGAGGUACAGGAGUGUCAGCCCGCUGCCGACUCUGCCUGAUGUGCCGGUCAAGGGGCCGGAGAGGAGGGGGUCCGCCUUGAGUGGUGAGGGGAUCAAGGUUGGGGUCAUGAACGGGAAUGGGGCGGGGGAGGGUAGGAAGGAGGAAAAGCAUCUCCCCUCACCUCCGCAGCACAACCCUCAAGCAUCUCCGCGUAUCGGCUCGUCAUCAAAUGCGGCAGCGGAUACGUCCAUUGAGAUUGGCGUCGGAGGAGCGUCACCGGAGGAGAUGGAGAAGUUGAGGCUGAAGGCGCAGCAGGACGAGGCGAAGGAGAAGCAGGGGCGCGCAGGUGUAGCGGAGGGAAGUGAUGCGGGCGAGAUGAGCAGCAGCAGCAUUAUCGUCUCAGCUCCUGAUGAGGUGGGCAGUACGAGCAUGACAAGCGCACCCGUUGGAGCCUCAGCAACGAACGGGCCCUCACGCGCAGUUCAGCAGGCGCAGCCCGCUACCCCACAGAAGCAGCCUUCGGCUUCCGCAGCAGCCGACAUCAGCAUCUCAGAGACGUCGACCUCUUCAUCUUCGUCUUCCUCCCUUCAGCCGCACACGCCCGUGGCUCCGCUCUCAGCAGCGAACAGCAAAGGAGCUGCGGACAUGUCAGCGGCAGCCCCGCCCUCCCCUACUGGCGCCCGCAAUCAUCUCCCAUUGGGGCCAAGCACAGUCAGCAACGUGACGCCGCGCUCAUCUGCGGUCCUCCUCCCAACCAGUAGUGACAGCAGCGAAGAAGCAGCAGUCGCCACCCCUGCACCGGCUCCCGUCCAAUCAACAGCCCCUCCCACUAGCAGCAGCACCGCCAGCUCGGCCCUCUCGCCCAGCUCAACCUCCUCCUCUCGAGCAGCCGGUGGGGUGGUCCGCAAUAAGAGCAUGCAGCGCUCUCGUCCUCCACCGCCUGGUCAACCGAUCAGCCUGGCCGAUCUGGACGCGAGUGACGACGAAUAUGAGCCUGGGUGGGCGAGUGUUAUCUCUAGUAGUAGGGGCGCGUGAGGCGAUGUGUGAAGGUAGGGGGAGAAGGGAGAGGGUCAGAGGGAGGGCGAAGGUGCAAAGGGCAAGAGAAUAGAGGUGACAUAAUGCGACGCGAUGUGGGCACAAUGCUUGAUCUAAUGUUACGAUGCGUUUACGAGGAGCGAGACAGGGUGGAUGAGGAGUAGUGUCAAGCAGGCGGGGUAGAGGCUCUCAGAGGCCUGGCCACGCGAGCGCCACUUGGACCCGCCGGGGCGACGGCGGUCAAGCCACCCUCUUGAGCUGAGCGGGGCAGUGCGUGCGUGCGUGCGUGGGUGAUGCGUGAUGCG